AUGGCGUCCUUUCAUGAGUUCGCGUUUCAUGUUUUGUGAUUUCAUCAGACAUUUAUCAUUUAUUUGAAAUUUGUUGUUUUAUUCGGUGCAAUAAGCUGUGGAUAUAAAUUUUGUUUAUGUGUUACUGAAUAGCUUAUGGGCUGUUGCUUUGGCAAUAAAUCUGAGCUGACAAAUACGCGCCAUGAGUAAUUACGAAGAUGAUCAGAGUGAAGACGGAGAAUUAGCUCGUAGUCCCAUACAGGAUGAAUUGGAUUUUAGUCUAUCGGAUGAGGAUCGCGAAAAUCCAGAUUCACUUGUAAUUAAACCACCUCAAGCUAUAAUACAAUCUCAUCGUGACAAAAGAGGGCACAAACGCUUAGUAAAGGACAGACAUAAAGAAAGCACUAGAAAAGAAAAGAAACACUUAUACAGGGAACGAGAUAAAUCAGAAAAGUCCAAACGUGAAGUUAGCAAAAAUGUGGAACGUGAGGAUUAUCAUAGGGAAAAACAAUAUUAUAGAGAAAAAGAUGUAAGAGACAAAGAAUUGUACAGAGAUAGAGACUUUAAAGAAACUUAUAGAGAGAAAGAUGUAUAUAGAGAAAAAGAUCAAUAUAGGGAGAGAGAACAUUAUAGAGAGAGGGAUACCUAUAGAGAAAAUUAUAGGGAAAUGGCACGGUCCAGGGAGUUAUAUAGAGAGAAGGAAUUAUAUAAGGAGAAGGAUGUACCAAAGGAACGUGAUGUGUAUGCAAGUAGAGAUAGACAAUAUAAAUAUUCUGAAACAGAGAGAAGGAGAAUGGAAACAGAAAAAAUUGAAAACAGGCUUAGGAUGCUUGCUGAGGAAAGCAGAAAUAGUCAUAAUACUGAAAAAGAGAAUAGGGAUAAAUCAUCUGGUGAUAAGGAAUUAGAAGAUUUGAGAAGUAGAUUAUUGAGUAAAAGAAUGACUAAAGAACUUCAAAACCAGGAUCCAAGGCACAAACAAGAUAUAAGUAAGGAUGGUAGAUCAGAUUCAAGCAGAAACUCAUUUGAUAAGCAGCAUUUAGAGAGAAAGAAUAGGUUAAUUGAAGCAGAAAGAGAAAUGGUAAAAAGAAAGCAUGAGUCAAGAAAUGAAUUAGAAGCAAGACGUGAAGACAGGCGUAGAAGGGGCAAGAAGAGAUCUGUAACACCAGAAGAAGGUACCAGUAAGAAGAAUAAAGUUGAACAUUCUCCCAGCUUUGUUGUGGAAGUGUCUGACACAAGUGAUAUCGAAAUGAAGAGUGACUCACAAUCAGAGCCUGAGGAAGGUGAGCAUUCUGAUACUGCAACAGAAGAUGAAAGUUCAUGUACAGAAUCUGAGUCGGAAGCAAAAUCUGAUGAUAAUGAAGAAGAAAAACCAAGUAGUGAUAAUAAUGACAGUAAUAAAGCUAAGUUAAAAUCUAACUCCAAAUCACCAUCACCUAAAUUAAUUCACAGAAGCCCAUCAUCACGAGAAUCUAGAAGGUCUCUUUCUAGAUCAAAAAGUAGAAGUAGGUCACAUUCUUUCUCACCACCACCCCCUGAUGAAAAUGGAAAAACACCAAUAGAAGAGGAAAAACCAGCAAUUGAUGAUGAAAGUGCUAGGUUAAAGGAGGAAGAGAUAAAUUCAUUGCCACCAUAUUUCCCAGCAUUGCAGGGGUGUCGUUCUGUUGAGGAAUUUCAAUGUCUGAAUAGAAUAGAGGAGGGAACCUAUGGAGUUGUUUACAGAGCACGUGACAAAACUACAGAUGAGAUUGUUGCUCUUAAACGACUCAAAAUGGAGAAAGAGAAGGAAGGAUUUCCCAUCACAUCAUUGAGGGAAAUCAAUACAUUACUUAAGGGCCAGCAUCCCAACAUCGUGACCGUGCGGGAGAUCGUUGUGGGCUCCAAUAUGGACAAAAUUUUCAUUGUUAUGGACUAUGUUGAGCAUGACCUUAAAAGUCUAAUGGAAACCAUGAGGAAUAAGAAGCAGGUGUUUCUCCCAGGGGAAGUUAAGUGCUUAAUGACUCAGUUGUUGAGAGCAGUACAUCACUUGCAUGAUAAUUGGAUAUUACAUCGAGACCUCAAGACGAGUAAUCUGUUGCUGUCACAUAAAGGCAUUCUUAAGGUUGGAGACUUCGGGCUGGCGCGCGAGUACGGGUCGCCGCUGCGCCAGUACACUCCCAUUGUUGUGACGCUGUGGUACCGCGCGCCUGAGCUGUUGCUGUGCUGCAAGGAAUACUCCACACCCAUCGACAUGUGGAGCGUGGGCUGUAUCUUCGCGGAGUUCGUCACCAUGAACCCGCUGUUCCCGGGCAAGUCCGAGGUCGACCAACUUAAUAGGAUUUUCAAGGACUUAGGAACUCCAUCAGAGUUAUUGUGGCCGGGGUACAAGGACCUCCCGGCCGUGCAGAAGAUGACGUUCGCGGAGCACCCCCCGGGCGGGCUGCGGCAGCGCGUGGGCGCCGACCUGCUGACGGACGCCGGGCUGGCGCUGCUGCAGGGCUGCCUCACGUACAACCCGGCGCGCAGGCUGGCGGCCGACGCGGCGCUCGACCACGCCUACUUCAAGGAGAACCCGGUGGCGAUAGAGCCCGCCAUGUUCCCCACGUGGCCGGCCAAGUCGGAGGGCCACCGCCGCAGCACACACAGCCCCAAGCCGCCGGCCGGGGGCGCCGCCUACUCUCACUUCGCGCGCGCCGACGCCGACGACGCGCUCGGCUUCCGAGUGCAGCCGCGCUCGCUGCACGUGGCGCCCGGCUUCUCGCUCAAGUUCUAGCGCUCACUGCGACCAGCCGGCCCGUGACGUGAUUGUGGACAUUGCAACAAAUAACAUGUACUCCAAGAGACAAUGCUCAUGUAUUUCGUCUCAUAAAGCAGGUUAAUGAUGUGCCGUAAACUUUCUUGUACUCCAAUUUCACAAAUAUCUUAUACUUCCUUUUCGGUUACUCACUCGCAUCAUUCCGGGAGUGAAACAGUUUUCGUCUGAUAAUGUAAUUACGUUGGUAAAAUGUAAACGUAAGUUAUUAAGUAAUUUUAAUUAAAUACAUGUAGUUAAUGCGUAAUUAUUAAGUACGAUUAAUGAAGCCUCCGUGCCAGCUCGUGUUGUGUUCACUACAUACUAUAUGCUAGUGUUUUAGAUAACUUUAUGGACGUACUUAUUUUGUUCAGAUUCAUUUAUGUUUCUUCAUAUCUGCUAAUAUUUGCUUGACAUUUGAGAGACAUUGUUAACAAUAUAAAAUAAAAAAAUAUUGUAUUUUUGAGGCAUAAACAUAUUUUUUUAAUUGAAACAUAUUAUUAUCUUUAGGCACAAUAUUUGUACAUACCCUAUAAUUAUGUAGAUUUUCUUGAAGGUAGAAACAUUCAUUAAUAUGGUAUAUUAUACCAAUGUUUUGGUAA